AUGUUUGACCGCAAGCCAAUCAGGCAGGGGAACACGGAAUGUUCUGGAGUCCUUGCAGCACACACCACCCAAAAGAACAUCUUCGAUCACAAACCAAUCAGACAGACGUUUAACCAAAUGUCUUCUGAGCCCUGCAGAAAAAUAACAGUGGAUCAGGUGGAGCGGUUCCCCCGAGCACACUCUCAGAAUGAUUUGACAGAAUCACCAACCUUUUCACUCAACACCAACGUCUUCGAACCGGCACCAAGACCUGAUGCUGGUCCCAAAGGUGACAAUGUCUAUGAAUGGAGGUCAACGAUCCUGGGGCCCCCUGGGUCAGUGUAUGAAGGUGGCGUGUUCUUCCUCGACAUCAUGUUUUCAGCAGAGUAUCCUUUUAAACCACCCAAGGUCACUUUCCGAACAAGAAUCUAUCAUUGCAAUAUCAACAGCCAAGGAGUGAUCUGUCUGGAUAUCCUGAAGGAUAACUGGAGCCCAGCACUGACCAUUUCGAAGGUUCUUCUGUCAAUUUGUUCUCUUCUAACAGACUGCAACCCUGCCGAUCCUUUGGUUGGAAGCAUAGCCACACAGUAUAUGACGAACAGGGCUGAACAUGACAGAAUAGCAAGACAGUGGACCAAGAAAUACGCCACAUAAACUGGGUGGUCGUCAGUCCUACCAACAUUUGUCUCUGAUGGAAAUGAGCUGCUCCUCAUUGGAUUGAAAAGGGGAAGGGGUUGGGUGUGAAGGGGUGGGGGAGGGAAUGGGACAAGCAUUCCUAUUACAGAUUUUAAAUGCAACAGUCUUUUAUUUGCAUAAGUCUAGUCAGAACUCUUGAUGAGCUUCAUUAUUGUAGCUUAAACAAUAAACUAUUGAUAUGAAUAGAUAGGAAAUUCACAUGGAAAAGUUUGAAGAUUACAACAUGACGGGUCAUCCAAGACCCAGAUUUGUUACCGAAAUAUUAAGUGAUACCUCUUUACUGGUCUGAGUUUUACUUGUUUGUGUUCACUGUGUACGGUCAGAGUUUGAAAAUGCUUGCCAAUCAAAGAGCAGGGGUUAAAACUGAAUGGAAAUGUUAAGGAAAAGCUAGCAACAUCUGGUAUUAAGAUCCAAAUAGAAUAAUGGCCAGAUAAUAUGGAAUUGUCUUCAUUCAGGAAAUAAGAAAUGAAUUGGCAGAAUAUUUGCAGUUUGAGGGAACAGGUUUUAAUUUGCAGGAUGCAAGGGAGAAUGGGAGAAAAUUCCUAAAUCCUUCCAAGUAACAGUUUUGCCUUAUGUAAAUUUAGCAUCGCAACAGUUGUGAUAUAGGGCAGUUUGUUUUGAUUUAAUUUUAUACAGCUUUGAGCAUUGUUUAAAAUUUAAGACUAAUAGAUUAAGGGCUCUAAGUCCACAAUGGUUUCCAAUUCUACAAAUGUCUGUUUUGAAGCACAGUUAUGUCUAUGGUCCAAUGCUGUAGUCCAAUGGGAGUAUUGUAUUAAAUAAUGUAUGGCUGCUUAUUUGAUGCAGAGAAUUCACAGAAAAAAAAGAAAAGUCUGCAUCUUAAUUCUAAUUUUUUAAAAGACUUUAAACAACGUUCGGACUUGAGAAUGAGUUGUCAGUAAUUGAAAUCCUCUGAGUUCUGUCAGCUAUUGCUAUAACCCUAUUGGUCCCAUUCACAUUACAAAAUUAAAGAAUGUUGAACUGUACUAUAGUUGUACAGCCACUGUAACUGCUGACGUUUUCUUUGGGAGAAUUUAGAUUGCCAGAUUGUUGGAAAUCUCAUGUAAUUAAAAACACUGAUCAUGAAAUGUUAUUUAAUGAGCAAUGGUUGAAAAUCACAUAAACCCUGCAUUUGUUCCAUAGACUUGGUUGGUCCUGCUGUUUGUGAAUGUUCAGAAUUUAUACAAGGCAGUUUGGAGGUACUGCUGUCACAGGACUCUUUAAUAGUUAUGUAUCCUGUGUACGUCUAACCUGACACAGAACUAAUCAACACUAUUGGGCUUCUGCAACUUAUGGAUCUCCAAGUAAAAGAUUGGUGCGUUUUCUGUAAUGGUUCAAAAUAACCUUUCACACUUAGUAUUAAUGUGCAUUACCCAAAACUGAUUAAAAGAGUUUAUGAUUCUGGUUUAGAAAUGAGCUUUAAGAUGUGUGCUGACACAAUUAAUGUAUGUAAAUAACAAGUGCUACUGACUGACCAAUGAAACUGCAGUUUCACCUCUGCCCCCUCCCCACCUUGCUCUAUGUUUUUAUCAUAUGUUCACUGACAAUAACUGUAUAAUUAGUUUGUCUCUGUUGAAAUGCCAUUCUUGAGUUCUGUGCUUGUUAUGGAUAUUCCAAUAACUGAGUCCAAAUGUGUAAAUGCAAGAGCUGGAGCCUCACUACACCAUGUAAACCAGAAGGUAACGGACUCUACUUCAAUUUUUGCAGUCAGUGAAUCUCAGUGGCAGAUUGACAGGAAGCCUCAGUAUCUCAUUAGAUAGGGAGGGGCAAAAUCAAUCAGGUUCUUCAGCUGCUUGCUGUUUUGUAAACCCUGUGGUUAAGUGCAUCUCUGCAGACAUUCGAUGCCAUUCGCUGUGACAGGAAAGCUUGAGGCUUGCAUGAGGUUCCACAGGCUGCUGGUGCACCUGAAACUAUACCAAGCAGCAUUGAAAAGUUUAUAAAAUUCUUCAAAGCUUGGUUCGCAUUCAAUCUCCCCAAUGUAAGUAGGUCAGGAUGAUUAGUUUAUCCUUUCCGUAGAGGAAAAACACAAAUGUUGUCGUGAGAUGCAAGUUAUCUGGCUUUAAAGAAAUGCAGAAAAUUGUGAUAAGAGAGGAACAUUUAUCCUUUUAAAUUACAGGCACAAAACUGACACCUGAAUAGUUGGUUUUAUGAUCAGAAAGGUUUCCACACAUCCCUUUGGUACCUUAACUACAAAUAUGUAUUUGUAAUAUAUUUUCAUUGUACUGUAUUGAAAUUGGAAACAAAAUCAGCACUUAUGUUUAUCUCUUGCACAUUAAGAUUCAAUCCAAGCUUUUUCACUCAUCUGUAGGACAGUGUUUUGUUUUGCAUACAUCUGAUAAUGAAAUUCCUCCUGAAGCCAAGACUACAGACUUAAACGGAGCUUUUCCGUAAACCCUUCUUGAACAUGGUCAUUGUUGGUGUCAACUGAUUAUCACUUGAGUUUUAAAAUUUAUCCCCAGUUGACACUCUGAGAGUUGUUGUCUGCCCAGAGGCAUUUGGAAUUGCAUAAAGAAGAUCCAAGGGAAAAUCCAGCAAGAACAAAAAGCCACUCUUCAGUAUGGUAGAGUGGAUAUGGUUAGAAUCUCUGAUGACAAAAAGCAUCUGUUCUUCUUUAAUUUAAAUUUUAAAAGCUGAAGUGGUGAAUGCAAAAUGAAUAUUUUCACUGACAGAUAUUUCCUUUCAGAUCCUCUUUUAGAACACAGAACAUUACAGUACAGUACAGGCCCUUUGGCCCACGAUGUUGCGCUGACCUAUAUAAACCUACUCCACAUUUUCUGUUUACUUUUCAUCUUUCAUGAGACUUCAUUUAUGAUUUAGAAUAUUAAUUUCUAAAUUCUGUCGCAGCACAACUCUUAAUUUGAGCCCUGAAUUUCAUUUCAUUUUUGAUUAUGGUGUGAAAUGUGUCAAAUAUUGACAUUUGUAUUUGGACCCAAAAUAAUAUUUUUGGCAAAGCAAACCUGAUAUGGUCCAUUGUUCUAUAUCUAAGCAUCUUAUUUAAUAGAGGACCUGGAUGGUAAAGAUCUGGAAAGUUUUAAUUAUGUGCUGAAUUUCUCAAGUAGAUACAGUUUUAAAACUGCAACUACUGUUAAUGUUUUGAAGCUGAUAAUAUGAAUCUUCCUGAAUUCUGUUCCCUUUCUGCAUUGCCUCAAAGUACAUCUUGUUUAACUCCCACAGUUAAUUAAAGAGAACAGUCAAAGCUACAAUAAAAAAUUCUGCUGGAAACACUCAAAGACCUGAUGAAGGGUCGUUGACCUGAAAUAUUCACUCUGCUUCUUGUUCCACAGACGCUGCCUGACCAGCUGAGUGUUUUCACCAUUUUCUGCUUUUAUGUCAGAUUUCCAGCAUCUGCAGUUUUUUUAAAAUUUCCAUCUAUGACACAACAGUCACAUUUUGUUUUUUGUUCAUGUUUCCUCUUGAGCUACCCAUUACGUUUAGAAGAUUAUUUUCUUCUCUUUACGUAUGAUGAUCUAUCUUAGUCACAUGCACAUCGAAACACAGUGAACUGCAUCUUUUGCGUAGAGUGUUCUGGGGGCAGCCCGCAAGUGUCGCCACGCUUCCAGCACCAUCAUAGCAUGCCCGCAACUUUCUAACCUGUAUGUCUUUGGAACGUGGGAGGAAACCGGAGCACCCGGAGGAAACCCACACAGACACGGGGAGAAUGUACAAACUCCUUACAGACAGCAGCCGGAAUUGAACUCUGGUCGCUGGCGCUGUAACAGCGUUACGCUAACUGCUACACUACCGUGCCUGCCCUGCAUUUUGUAGAAACUGCAGUUACUCAGGUGGUCAGCAGCAUCUCUGGGGAAAGGUUCUAAUUAAAGAUCAAUAACCUGAAACAUCAGGCUUGCUUUUCUCAUUCUCCAUAGAUGUCGGUGGAGUUUAUUGUCAGACGCACAAGUCCAUGUGUGCACAGGUGCAAUGAAAACCUUACCUGCAGCAGCGUCACAGGCUCAUGUUCUUUGCUGUUUCUUCUUUU